AUGGCUCAAAGUGUCGCUCAAGCCUUCGAGACGGAAUCAAUCAACGCGUUACAAAGUUUGACAAUCAUACAUCAAUUACUAAAGACAAGUCUAAGCUCUAUUACAUAUUUAAGAGGCCUCUUUCCCGAAGAGACUUACGAAAACUAUCAAAUAGGAAGCCUAGUGCUGAAAAACUUGAAACGUGACUGCAACCGAGAAGCCAACUCGCUUUUAGAUUGGCUGGAAAAAGGAAUCUACGACGCUCUCCAUAGACAUUACCUUCGUUCAGUAGUUUUCGGCAUAUUCCUUGAUCCCGAUGAACCUGAUAAAUUUGUAGAAUCGUACACAUUCGCAAUAUCUUAUGUCAACGGGACGCCUUCUCUGAAAAUACAAAAUGACCGCGAAGUUUUAAUGGAUGCCAGAAGUGCAGCAGGAAAAGGUAUGGAAGAGGUUGAAAAGAGCACACGACAACUGCUGAGAGGAUUGAUUUUGCUGACACAGUCGCUAAAGCCACUUCCAAACAAGCGCUACCUAAUAAUAAAACUUUAUUACUACGAACAAAUCACACCGAAAGACUACGAACCCCCAUUCUUUCGACCUGGCAGUGAUCCAAGCAAUGACUUGUUCGAGACAGCACUCGAGAAAUCAAUAGUUGGACAAAUCGAAACCGGACAUCACGAUAUAGGGUUGGUGAUACAGACCGUGCCCGAAGCGUUUGAUAAUGAGGGUGAUGAACAACCAACAUGCCAAAGUACUAUCUACGAGGGAAGGACGAGACACAAGGAGAAUUACAAUGAUGAAACGAAGAUUGCGGGAAAGAAGCAAAAUGGGGAUGAAAGCAUAAAAGCAGAAGAUGCAUCUACGAGUGAGAUAGAAACGACGGGAGAUAAAUCCAAUUCACACUUCCCAUGCUAUGGUUACUUUUCACCAAACCGAGUCACGCCUUCACCUUACUACUGGCAUGUUUGUGCUAGCUGUAGUGUCUCUCCAGCACUGCACUUUCAUUCGCCAAUUUCGUCACUUCCACAACUAUCCAGCCCUACCUCCUCCAGACUUUGCUCCGCCAUUCGUACAUUAGGAACAUCAGCCCUCUUCCGUCGAGCCCUUUACCAAAUCUGGUGUUCCGGCUUUCCAUCGACGUGCAAACAAUUCUCGCUCAAUCUCGGAGUGAAGCCGUUUGUUGCACGAACGUUACAGAAAAUGUUGGCCGAGGAUGGUUUUAUCGUUCAGCGGUUAGGUAGAAAGAGAGGUACUGCGCCGUAUGAAGUUGUGAGGAGUGAUGAAUGCAAGAAAAUGUUUGGGGCGUGGUUUGUCGAGUUUGAAGGGCGAGAGGAACAGAUCAAUGAUGGCGUGGAACAUGGAAUGACAAGUGCGGCGGAUGAAGGUCAGAAUGUGAUACCGAGGCAGUCGUAUGAAAGGGAGACUGGUGUGUAUGUGGAGAGAAAUGAAAAGGAACACCAGGCGGACGAGAGUUCAUGCGGAAAGGUAAAGCCUUCUCAUAUCGACGCAAAUCCAAGUCCGGCUGACGACAAUCCACGUGGAAUUGACACGUACCCAUCUGAUGACUUGGUGUCAUCGCGUCAUCGUGGCCGUGGAACGGAAAAGGUUGAUAAUCCUCGCUCGCAAAACAAGAAGAGAAAGAUAUCCGCAACCUCUAAGUAG